GUCUCACGCUCCCUCUUAUCCCCACCCACCAAGCUGUAGCUUAGAGAAAGGAUCGCGGCUGUAUUGUUUAAAACUUCUACUCCCUACUCUCCACAGCUAUGGACCAUAUCUUAUGCGACUCCGAGCUAGCCCCGCAGCUGUUCAAGCUGAUUGACGACAAGCUGCAAGAGACACGCAAAGCGUUGGAGGAUACGAGAAAUGAGAAGGACGCAAUCCAAGCUGAACUUCUACGACUUCAAGCUGUUCAGGCCACCGCAGGCUCCGAAGGUUCUGCGCAAGAAGACCUGAAGAAUACUAGAAAGAUGCUCACCAAUGAGCUCGAAAUGAAUCAACGACUCCAAGGAGAGAACGCAGAUCUCCGGGGCCUUCUGGAAGGGUGUCGUACUGCUGAGACGGAGGGAACGUCGCGUCAGGAUGCUAUGGACGCUAGUGCAGGAUGCCCAGGGACUGGGUGUGAGGUGCGUACUGGAUCUGUGAGAACUUGAACU